GUUGGAAUGAACAGAGACUAGUCUUCCUUCUUCCAUAACUUUCAGCUGUGCUGUGGCACACGGAAGUCUCCAGAUAGGAAGAUGUCCACAGUGUAUCAGAUCCUGUUCCUUGCAUUCUGUGCUAUCCUUUCUCUUCCAUCUGAAGGUAAGUUCUUCUAAGGCUGUUAGAAAUAUUUUUAUGUCACCAAUGUGGUAUGAAGCGUUUCACAUAAUGCCCUUCUCGGGCAUUCACAAGAGAGGAGGCACAUAAGUGUCCUAGGACUAUUGCUGGCUAGAGAUGGAUAGCACCUUCAGCAUCCCCGGUUCUCCAUAGCUAGUGGGUUUUGUGGUUAGAGUGUCAGACUUGGACCUGGGAGAUCAGGGUUCAAAUCCCUACUUGGCCAUGAAGCUCACUGGUUGACCUUGGGCCCUCAGUCUAACCUAUCUCAAGGGUGGUUGCGGGGAUUAAAUGGGGAGUAGGGAAACCAUGUAUGCCCUUGUAAGCUUUUUGGAAGAGCUGUCCAGAGUGGCAUAUAAAUGUUGUUGUUGUGGUGGUGGUGGUGGUGGUGGCGUACCCACUCACUGUACCCUAACUUAUUGUUUCUCCUUGUUUCUUUCUCUGUUCAACUUUCAACUCGCCCCAGAUGCCUCCUGGACUUAGAUUCCUCGUUCCAUUAUCAUGUGCUAGAUGUUCUGAAGACAAGACAACAUUAUCUUGAAGAGGCUGUGCAUACAACAUAUCCCAUGCAUUAAAUCUCUGUUGCUAGUAACAUGAGGGGUUGUUUUUUUUGUCAUUGAGCAUAUGAAGAUCUGCAAACCAAAUGGCUGUGAAGAAUACAUUGUUGACCCUGGUGCAAUGUUGGCUUGGUGUUCUUGUAAUAGUCAAUACUUGUCUUUUUAGGAGCAAAUGUUCGUUUUUGUGGUCACUGCAAAUCGGUUGUACCAGGAGCUCCCUGUAGACUAAAGCACUGCAAGAUUAGCCCAGAAGGAACUUGUGUGGCCCUCAUAAUUUAUAGAGGUAAGAAACCUAUCCCAAACUCAUAUAUUCUUUAGAUUUUUUGCUCCUCACCCAAACACCUCAUUUUCUCUUUAAGCCACAUCUUCAUUGGGUUUAAUGUUUCAAGGAAGUGGGAUAUUCUGUAGAAGUAUUGUGUUAGGAGUUUGCGAAGCUCCCAACAUUGGCUGGAGAACCCUGGAAGGAAUAUUGAAUAUGUACAUCCCAGCUUCUGAGUAGCCACACAAUGGUGGAAGGACAGGGAUCUGAUAGCUCCUGCUGAGCACUGUCAGAUUUGGUUCUGCAGAGGGUCAGAGGAAGCAUGAGAGUGACACAAACUCCCAAGAAAGCCCUGGUUCUGCAACUGGCAACAGUAAUUUGGUGGGCUCCUUUCUCUGUCUCAGUGCUGGAAAGUAUGGAGAACGGGGGGGGGGGGGGGUGAAAAAGCUGGUCAGUUAGGUGACAACACAACCCUGCAGAGUGAAGCUUUUGUUUCCAGCCUUACAGCGGCUACUUAUCAAAGAAAUCUUCAAACCAAACUUCAAGGUGAGGAGCUACCAAUUUAAUUAGGUUGAAUAAUUCAGUUACAGUGGGGAGUAUUAAAAGGAAGUGUACCCCUGUCUGUGGCUGCUUGCGAGCAUGAGAGACAAUGCAAGUGGAAAGUUUGUGGAUUACUUUGAUGGAGUUAGAGCCAGCUAAUGUUUGAGAAGGAAGUAGGAUUAUACAAGUGUUUUUAAUACCAAUCUGAACUUUUGACUUUUUCAAAUCUUGAAUUUGAACUUGACCUGAAGUAGAAUUAAGAAGUUAACUUGACUUGAAUUUGAGAUUGCAAUUAAGGUUCUUAAAUAAGAGACCCUGAUGCUGAUGGAAGAAAGGAACCUUGGCUAACAGCCAAAAAUAUAAAUAUAGUUAAAGACAACUAUGAAAAAACAUGGAAGGAGAUAAAAAGGAAUUUAGAAAUUUGGGGAAGAAUGAAUAUUUCAUUGAUAGGAAGAAUAUCAGUUAUCAAAAUGAAUGUAUUACCAAAAAUGUUAUUUUUAUUCCAGUCAAUUCCAGUAAUCAACAAUGCUUUGAAGAAUGACAAAGAGAUAUUUCAAGAUUGAUUUGGAGAGGGAAGAAGCCAAGAAUAAAAUAUAAAUCACUAACAAAUAUAAAAGACAAAGGAGGAUUCUUCCACAUCUUCAAAAGGGGCAGGGUGCAGGGAGGCUUGAAAGGGGCAUUUAAUAUUUUAUAUAUUUUGUUGAAAACCUCUGCCCAAAAUUUGGAUUCCAGAGUGAAUUUAUGUUGACCUUAAGCUCCAGAGAUCUGGAUUAUAAUCUUUGAUCAGCAGUGGAUUUUAUUUCCAUUGUCCUAUCUAUAAAAUGGGAAUAUGUUAGACUGAUUUCAGGGGCAACUAGUGAUUUCAAAUGGGGUUGAGCAUUUCAUGUGAAAUCAAGUUGAUUACUGGAGAAAAUGCAAAUGUUUAAUCUCCUCACCUCCCCCUUCCUCUUCUUCACUCUUCAUUUCAGGGGGGAAGGUUUUUGAGAGAAUACUUGGUUGUCGGAAGAAGACAGAUGUGACAUGUGGCCUCAUCCAUGUUGAUAAUGAGAAUGCUUACCGCUAUGAUCUCAUCUGCUGCAGGGAUAAACAUUUCUGCAAUGAGCAUUACCCAUGAGACAGCGCUUAAAGCAGCCUCUAGGCCGUCCACACACAAAUAAAGCUUUUGCUGUUUCACUUUGG